CCCCUCCACACUCCACCCAGCAAUGAUCCAGUGAAACUAGGAGGAGGUGAUUCUCCUCCUCCCUCCCGCUGCUGCUCCCGCUGCUCCGGAGGGGACUGCAGGAAUCCACGCUCCGCUCCCAGGCAGCGCAGCGGGGGGAGCGGGGGGCCGCGCGGUCCCCGGCCAUGGGCAAGGACCAGGAGCUGCUGGAGGCCGCCCGCACGGGGAAUGUGGCUCUGGUGGAGAAACUCCUGUCUGGGAGGAAAGGAGGGAUCCUGGGCAGUGGAUCCGGAGCUAUUCCCUUGUCCAGCUUGCUGAGCAUCUGGCGUGGACCAAAUAUAAACUGCACAGACAGUUCAGGUUAUACUGCUUUACAUCAUGCAGCUUUGAAUGGACACAAGGAUAUAGUUCUCAAAUUACUUCAGUAUGAAGCAUCAACUAAUGUGGCAGAUAAUAAAGGUUAUUUUCCUAUUCACUUGGCUGCUUGGAGAGGAGAUGUAGACAUUGUGAAGAUUCUCAUCCAUCAUGGGCCAUCUCACUCCAGAGUGAAUGAACAGAACAAUGAAAAUGAAACAGCAUUGCAUUGUGCAGCUCAGUACGGUCAUUCAGAAGUAGUUGCUGUUCUGUUGGAAGAGCUAACAGACCCUACAAUAAGGAACAACAAAUUAGAAACACCUCUGGAUCUGGCAGCACUUUAUGGACGUCUGCGUGUUGUAAAAAUGAUCAUAAAAGCAUAUCCAAACCUGAUGAACUGUAAUACAAGAAAACACACGCCUUUGCAUCUUGCUGCACGAAAUGGCCACAAAGCUGUUGUGCAGGUGCUUCUGGAGGCUGGAAUGGAUGUCAGCUGCCAAACAGAAAAAGGGAGUGCACUACAUGAAGCAGCCCUGUUUGGAAAGGUGGAAGUGGCACGCAUUUUGCUUGAAACAGGAGUUGAUACCAACAUAAAAGACAGUUUGGGUAGAACAGUUUUAGAUAUUCUUAAAGAGCAUCCCUCUCAACAAUCACUCCAAAUUGCUGCUCUGCUUCAAGAAUAUAUGGAAACAGGAAAUGCAAGUGUUUCAGAGGAACGCCCACUGGAAGGUGCAGAACAUCAGUCUUGCAUUUUGUCUCCAGAAGUUCCUCCAUCUCCAAAGGCUAAAAGUGAAGCUGUGACUGGAGAAUUAUCAAAGCUCUUAGAUGAAAUCAAAUUGUGCCAAGAAAAGGAAUACUCUUUUGAAGAUCUGUCUCAUACAAUAUCAGACCAUUUUCUGGACAAUUUUAGUAAAAUAUCAGAGGAAGAACUUAUGACCAGUGGAAUCCAAACCAAGCUUAAUGUAAGGCCUUCUUCAAUGUGUUUAUCACCAAGAGAGGAUGAAGAAGAUGAUGGAGGUGAAAAUACUUGUGGUCCUUCAGGUUUAUGGGAGGCAUUGACACCUUGUAAUGGAUGCAGGAACCUCGGAUUUUCCAUGCUUGCACAGGAAUCUUAUUCAAAGAAGAGAGGUUAUGCAUUGGAAGGUAUACCCUCUGUACCUCUGGAUGCAGUUCCUUCAGAAAAUGACAGCAGUCUUUGUGAUUUGAUAGACAUAGCAGUGACCAAAAAGCCUUGUUCUUUAGAGAUAGCAAGAGUAUCUUCCUCAAGACCAGAUAAUGCACCUCAGGUAGCAAUUACUGCACCAGGAUCUGGUAGCCAUAGAAACAGCUCUACAGGUCCAACACCAGACUGCUCUCCUCCAUCACCAGACACUGCUCUUAAAAACAUAGUAAAAGUUAUACGUCCUCAGCCCAAGCAGCGCACAUCAAUAGUAUCUUCUCUGGAAUUUCACCGAACAAAUCACAGCCAUGACUAUUUUGAAAUCAACUCAUCCAUUGCUUCUCCAAGUUUUAUUUCUACUCCUGCAAUCAGUCCAGCUAACUAUUCCUUUGGAUCUCUAGAAGACAAUGCUGAAGAGAGAGAACUUCCAGAGCGUCUUUGUCAGGGAGAAACGUCCACUGAAAGUGAGCUUCCUGAAGGUAACCCUACUGAGCAGUUUGCGGGCUUACUUCAUGGCUCAUCACCUGCAUGUGACCCACCUGAUAACCCACUCCAGCUGUACAGCAAGAGAAACCAGUGCAGUAGUCCACUGGACAAAAGCAUUUUGAGCAAGAGCACAAUGCAGCAGAUGCAGCUACGGAAAGAAAGCAACACUGAUCCUCCUGUUAAGAAAAAGAAGCCACCAGUUGUAAACAGAACCAUAUUUCAUUCUAAAACUAAACCAGUAGAAAAUCAUACACUGGUUGGCACAUCAACGAGGAUAAGCGAACAGUGGGUGAUUACUACUGGAGGAUUUGUUGAGCGAGCAUGCACACUUGGGAGAAUACGAUCUUUACCAAAGACUUUGCUUGAAAUGCAUUUGUGCAAAAAUGUUUCAAAAUCUGAUUCUAAUCUUAUCACCCAUCCACCAAGUGGCAAAAAAGCAAGAAGCAACUGGAGUGAACCCACACCAAGUCAACAGUGCUCCAAAGGAAAUUCUGAGAGAACGCCUUCCUUCACAUCAGAAUGGGAAGAAAUUGAUAAAAUCAUGAGUUCCAUAGAUGCUGGAAUUAAUACUGGACUUGGAGAGAUGAAUGAUCACAUUACAAGACCCCGAUGCCCUGUCCAGACAGUGGGACAAUGGUUGGAAAAUAUUGGGCUACCUCAGUAUGAAAACCACUUGCUGGCUAAUGGAUUUGACAAUGUGCAAUUUAUGGGAAGCAAUGUAAUGGAGGACCAAGAUCUCUUGGAAAUAGGAAUACUUAACUCUGGACAUAGACAGAGAAUACUCCAAGCAAUUCAGCUUCUCCCAAAGAUGAAGCAGAUCGGUCAUGAUGGCUACAACCCUGCCUCUGUAGCUGAAUGGCUGGAUUCCAUUGAACUGGGUGACUAUACCAAAUCCUUUCUAAUUAAUGGCUAUACAUCGAUGGACCUUGUGAAAAAAAUCUGGGAGAUUGAAUUAAUUAAUGUCUUAAAAAUUAGCUUGAUUGGUCAUCGGAAGCGUGUUCUGGCAUCCUUGGGAGACCGGCUGCACGAAGAUCCUCCUCAGAAGCCACCUCGUUCAAUAACCCUCAGGUCCUCUGUCUGUGAGAUCUGGACCAACCAGAAUGCAGGAUAUCCUUUCUCAUCGAUCCAUCAGGUUCAUAAUACGGGAGAUUGGGGAGAGCCUUCAAUUACCUUACGACCUCCAAAUGAAGCCACUGCAUCAACACCUGUACAAUAUUGGCAACAUCAUCCAGAGAAACUCAUCUUCCAGUCAUGCGAUUAUAAAGCAUUUUAUUUAGGUUCUAUGCUGGUAAAAGAGUUAAGAGGCACAGAGUCAACACAGGAUGCAUGUGCAAAGAUGAGGAAGUCUACGGAACAAAUGAAGAAAGUGCCAACCAUUGUCCUGUCUGUCUCAUACAAAGGAGUCAAAUUUAUUGAUGCAACAAAUAAGAAUAUUAUUGCUGAACAUGAAAUCCGUAACAUUUCCUGUGCUGCACAAGACCCUGAAGACCUUUCUACAUUUGCGUACAUCACUAAAGACUUGAAGACCAAUCACCACUACUGCCAUGUAUUUACUGCAUUUGAUGUGAAUUUAGCUUACGAAAUCAUUCUCACACUAGGACAAGCAUUUGAGGUGGCCUAUCAGCUUGCACUACAAGCACGAAAAGGGGGCCAUUCUUCAACCCUCCCCGAGAGCUUUGAAAAUAAACCCUCCAAACCUAUUCCAAAACCACGUGUUAGUAUUCGGAAGUCAGUGCAGAUAGAUCCGUCUGAACAAAAGACUCUUGCGAAUCUACCAUGGAUUGUUGAACCCGGACAAGAAGCCAAAAGAGGCAUUAAUACCAAGUAUGAAACUACCAUUUUCUGAUACAAAACUGUCCCCCUAUUCCCUUGUUGUGCCUUGCACUCCAAGCAGUCACAGCACAGCCUUUCCUUUAUGGCAAAGUUUCAACCCAGCAGAGAGGAAGACUGCACUGUAUGCGUGGCCUUGUAACUAACAAAAAAGGCUGAUAGUCAUUUCUGGUGAUGUUCUUCUUCCUGCAGCACUGACAGAAGAAUGACACUAUACGAAGACUUUUAAAAUUACAGUCCACAAGAGGAGUGAGAAACCUUAUUUUUCACGCAGUUCUCCCUUGUGACUCUGCCACAGUGCUUUCUUUGACUUCUUAUUUUAGAAUUCUACUUUUUAAAAAACAAAAGGUCUCUAAACUAACACUAAUGCUGCCUACGAGUAGGAUAUUUGAUUGGUUUUUUAUUUAAAUCUUGGCAGUUUUUAAUUGAAAUAUAAACCAGAAUUAAUAAAUAGAGUAUUUGUGAAACCACUGAAUUCAUUAAUAUUUGCUGUGUUGAAUAAAGAACUCAUUAAAGUGACGAGAAAUUAGGUACCCUGAUUUCUGUGUGCGCUGGUUUUAUAUGUAAUCAUUGGUGUCCUUUGAUCCUCUGCAGAACAGGAACCUCUUGAACUGUAACAAAGGAUCAGAGUUUUAUGAAUGGUUAGAAGAAAGGUAUUAAUAACGCACAGAAAACAUUUAUUAGAUAUUUUUAUGAAAGAGAAGUACUAUAGGAAAACAUGAGAGUAUUUAUGGAAAGGAAGCCAGAUUAAUUAUGACAAAUGUUGUUUAUUUUAAGGUUAAUUAAACCAUUGCUAUUGCAGCAUUAUGAAAAUUAUAGAAGUUGUAGCAUCAGUGCACUGGAUGUUCCAUGUCACCAGUCUGAAAUGGAAGUGGAAUGGUCAUUCUACCAUUCUACUCCACUUACAUACACUUUAUGCAGUUUGACAUUGCUAUAGCCAUGAAUUCUAUUCGUAUUUUUUAAAAUAAUCUCAGUGGUUCUAA